AGCACACCAAGCUGCCAUGGAACCAUGAUGGAGGUCGCUUUAAUUGGCGAAAGAACCGGCAUGCUUUAGCAUCCUCUCAAGGCCUACAUUCUUUAGUUUCAAUGCUGGCCUGCGAGUGAGGGAUCCCCUCCGGCGUGCAAGUGUGCCGCAUCCUCAUGCAGAACCGCAUUGGGCGAUGGCCAAAAAGAUUGCAUCACCUUCCUUCCGCGGCUCUGCCCAUGCCAGCGCAAUGGACAGGAGCUGGCAACAGCAGGGAGGUGCGCCGUCUAACAGCAAUGUGGAGAAUGAUGCACGACAGCCGGGGGAGGCAAGCUGCGAGUCUUCCCACAGCCAGGAGGGAAGAGCCCUCUUGACAAGUACAGCUCCGGGAGCGGACAGAGAACUUGUGCCUGAUAAGAAGUUGCAGGUGCCAAGUCAGGCGGGAUUCAUCUUGGCAUUGACACUUGCGGCAUCGGUGGGAGGCUUUCUUUUCGGGUAUGACACCGGGGUCAUUUCGGGAGCGCUCCUGUAUAUACGCGAUGACUUUCCGAGUGUGGAGAAGAGCGUCGUGCUCCAAGAGACCAUUGUGUCCAUGGCGAUAGCGGGCGCGGUGGUGGGAGCAUCUAUUGGGGGGCAUGUGAAUGACAAGUAUGGGCGGAAGUUUGCCAUUCUGGCAGCAGACAUCUCAUUCUUCAUGGGUGCGGUGGCGAUGGCGGCCGCUCAGUCCCCAUUCGCCCUUAUUGUGGGGCGGGUUCUGGUGGGGAUGGGGGUGGGCGUGGCCAGCAUGACGGUUCCCCUCUACAUUGCUGAGGCAGCACCGACCAGCAUUCGAGGAGCACUGGUCAGUGUGAACGUUCUGAUGAUCACGUCCGGCCAGUUCAUCUCGUACAUCAUCAACUACCUCUUCACGACUGUCCCUGGAACCUGGCGCUGGAUGCUUGGCGUCGCGGGGGUGCCUGCGCUGCUGCAAAUGCUGCUCAUGCUCUUCCUGCCGGAGUCUCCGCGCUGGCUCUUCCGGCAGGGCCGGGCGGAGGAUGCGCGCGCGGCGUUGCUGCGGAUGCGCAGCGUGGGGGAGGCUCAGGAGGAGCUGGAGCACAUGGAGGCGGUGGCCGCUGCGGAGAAAGUGAGCGCGGAGCCGGCCCCCUCCUUCUGGGACAUGGUGGCCACCACCGAGAUGCGCCUCGCGCUGCUGGCCGGGGUGGGCCUGCAGGUGUUCCAGCAGCUGGUGGGGAUCAACACGGUGAUGUACUACAGCCCCACCAUCGUCGAGUUUGCCGGCUUCGCCUCGCACCAGACCGCACUCCUGCUCUCGCUCGUCGUGGCGGCCAUGAACGCCGCCGGCACCAUUGCGGGCAUCCUGCUGAUCGACCACGUCGGCCGCCGCAAGCUGGUGCUGUGCAGCCUGGCCGGCGUCACGCUCGCCCUGGCCUUGCUGGCCUUCUCGUUCCACCAGGCUGCCCACGACUCCCCCGCCGUCGCCCCGGGGCCUUUUGCCCCGCACCCCGGCCUGGAGUGUCCCCUGCUCCCGAAAGCGGCUCUGGCCGGGGGCGGCCACGACAGCUGCAUGAGCUGCUUGGGGGCCAGCUGCGGCUUCUGUGCGGCCUCAGGGGACGAGAUGUGGCCCGGCAGCUGCCUGGUCCUCAACUCGACAUCCGGUGCUGCCUGCGAGGGGGCCGGCCGCGCCUGGUUCUCGCACGGGUGCCCCAACCGCUACGGCUGGCUGUCGCUCGCCGGGCUGGGCCUCUACAUCGCGGCAUUCGCACCGGGCAUGGGGCCCGUGCCCUGGGCCGUCAAUUCGGAGAUUUACCCGCUGCGCUUCCGCGGCACGGCGGGCGGCGUGGCGGCGACGGCCAACUGGGUGUCCAACCUGGUGGUGGCGCAGACGUUCCUGUCGCUCACCACCGCCAUCGGCACCGCCGCCACCUUCUCGCUUUUCGGCAUCGUCGCAGUGCUGGCAGUCCUCUUCGUUGCGGCUUGCGUGCCCGAAACCAGGAACAUCGCCAUGCAGGAUAUGGAGGAGAUGUGGGCUGCUCGUGCGUGGAAGCUCGGCCGGUGGCGGGGCUGGUGGACGCCGGAAGUUGCUUCACAGCAUUUGCGCCUUGAAAACGAGGGGCCAUAGUGCGCUACUGGUGCGGUACCGCGUGUGUAGCAUAUUGACUGACUCGAUUAACUGAAAAAGAGAUCACAGACGGGAGAUCCUGAAUACCUCAGAGCUUUGACGAGGCUUGGGACAUCUUGCAUGCACUUGGCAUGGACGGAUCAGAUCCUGUGAUCGAUUGAGUGCUGGGUUUCCGUCGACCUGUCUCUUUAGAUUUUUAGCACGCCAAUGGUGCUGUUGACAGUUGAUAACCAGAGAGUAAGCGUAACUGCUCAAUGUAUCCAUAAUGACGCUGGCCCUUUUACUUCCUGUAAGCCGUUCGAAGGGUCACUCAAGAGACAGGGAGGAUAAGCUAGGAAAACUAAUCAGACCAAACGGUGAUUGAUUCGACGCCUUGACCGGGACGAGCAACUGAUCUAGCGAGGACUCAGGGUUAGCUCAACAAUGAAGGAGCUCUUUGUACAUGCACGUUCAACAAAUUAAAUUCCAC